CUGUCCAGCCCAGAUAAAAUAUCAAAAUCAGAGCCCUACUUUUUUCACCCACUCCAUGGAAAUUUCCUCUGUUCUUCCACUCCCUCCUCUUGCCUUCCCCCAAUGGCUAUAAAUACCUCAAAACACAUUCCAUUUUCAUCAUCCCAAUUUCCCAACAUUGCAAAGUUUCAAACUUGAUCCUCUGUUCUCCUACCUGAUAUCAACCAACAAAAACACAAGUAUUUCCAAUGGCUGCUUCUUCUCAUUCAAAUUUGGUUAGGGUUUUGAUUUUGAUAUCGACCAUUGCAAGCUGCACAUUUCUUGUAUCUUCCAGCAACAACUUUAAUCGAGACGUCGAUAUCACCUGGGGAGAUGGCCGGGCUAAAAUUCUCAACAAUGGAGAGCUUUUGUCUCUCACGCUGGACACAACUUCCGGGUCGGGCUUCCAAUCCAAGAAGGAAUACUUGUUCGGGAAAAUCGAUAUGCAACUCAAGCUGGUGCCUGGAAACUCCGCCGGAACUGUAACCGCUUACUAUUUAUCGUCACUCGGAGCGACCCACGACGAAAUCGACUUCGAAUUCCUGGGAAAUCUCAGCGGCGAUCCGUACACUCUGCAUACAAAUGUGUUCAGCCAGGGGAAAGGCGGCAGGGAGCAGCAAUUCCAUCUCUGGUUCGACCCGACUGCUGAUUUCCACACUUAUUCCAUCCUCUGGAACCCGCAAAGAAUCGUGUUUUCGGUUGACGGGACUCCAAUAAGAGAAUUCAAGAAUCCAGAAACAGUUGGAGUGGCUUAUCCCAAGAAUCAGGCAAUGAGGAUUUACUCGAGCUUGUGGGAUGCUGAUGAAUGGGCAACCCGAGGUGGGCUCGUUAAAACGGAUUGGAGCAAAGCCCCGUUUACAGCUUCUUACCGGAAUUUCAAUGACGACAAAGCUUGUGUUUGGUCCUCUGCUUCUUCCUCAUCUUCCUGCAGCAGCAUCACAAAUUCGGACGGUGGUCAAUCAUGGCUGAACGAGGAAUUGGAUAACACGAGCCAAGAAAAGCUCAAAUGGGUGAAGCAGAAGUAUAUGGUUUACGAUUAUUGCUCUGAUUCUAAGCGAUUUCCUCAAGGCUUCCCUCCUGAAUGUGCAUUUGAAAGUGCUUGAGAGGGGGGAAAGAAAUAAAAAAUUAAAAAUCAGAUUGCGGCACUUUUGUUGGGGUGUAAUUCUUUGAUUCAUGCAUAUAUUGAGAAUUUGAGAUAAUCUUUUUUAUUAGUAUUAUUAUCUCUUGAAGAUUAUUGGUAAUGUGUUAUAUCUUUGCUAAAUUAAACUUAUUAAUAUUCAGAAAUUCAAGAGUAACUGAUAGAAAAUAGAAGAAUGAUAAGACGAAUAAAAUUAUAUUGUGGAAUGAUAUAGUGAAUAACGCGACAAAUAUAUAAGAGGAGCAGACGAUUGUUAUUCCUUUUCACUGAGAUGGCAUUUACAAAGAAGACUUUGAUUGUGUGGUUUGAUACUUU